AAUUGGAACAUAGUUUGGAUGCUGCUCGAUGGUAUAAUACAAUGAUUCAUGGUGAAAAUACAAAAGUUGCAGAUUUGCAAAUAAAUAAUCCUGAUCAUGAACUUUACCCAGAAGUUGGACAAAAAUCUUUUCAAUUUCUUGUCGACACAUAA